AUGGAACUAAUGUCUCGAGCCUCAUUCUCAGAUGGCAGUCAUGAGACCGCCGUAUCAAGCCCUCCGGAUAGGCCAAAACUCGACAAUCAAGAGAAUGACGAGUCGGUCCCCGAGGGCGGCUAUGGUUGGGUUUGUGUCAUUGCCUCUUCUCUGAUUAGCGCUCAUACAUGGGGCAUCAACAGUGUAUGUCUGCUCGUUGCACUCUACCACAAGACUUCAUAUAUUAACCUGUACCAGGCAUACGGAGUUAUUCUGGCUCACUACCUGUCAAAUGACACAUUUCCGGGCACAAGUGCUCUAGAAUACGCCUUCGUUGGAGGUCUUAGCAUUGGCUGCGCUAUGCUUGUUUCACCGAUUGUCACUGUAAUUGUGCAUCACCACGGCAUCCAUGUCGCGCUCUAUACUGGAGCUGUGUUCCAAUCCAUAUCGCUUGUGGCUUCUUCUUUCGCAAAACAGAGCUGGCAACUGUUUCUAGCACAGGGUCUUUGCUUUGGAUUGGGCAUGGGUUUCUGCUUUGUUGGAUCUGUUGGUGUCGUCUCACAUUGGUUCCAUAAGCGCCGCAGCCUGGUCAACGGCAUCGCGUCGGCGGGUGCCGGUCUCGGAGGGCUUGUAUACUCGCUUGCAGCUGGAUCAAUGCUCAUACAUCUAGGGUUUGCUUGGACGAUGCGGAUUCUAGGCAUCGUUUGCUUCGUCGUGAAUCUCAUCUGCGGGAGUCUCCUGCGCAUCCCUCCGUCAACCAGACCAGACGGAAAUGCGUCCGCCUUUGGAUUAUCGGCCCUGCGUGACAUCCGAUUCAUUCUUCUGCUCACAUGGGGUAUCCUGAGCGUCCUUGCCUAUGUCGCGUUAUUGUUUAGUUUGUCAAGUUACAGCGUCGCGGUCGGCCUGACCCAAAGCCAGGCCAGCGUGGUCAGCGCGAUCCUUAAUCUUGGCCAGGCGUUUGGCCGCCCAGUAGUGGGCAUCAUGAGCGACUCACUGGGGCGAGUGAAUGUCGCAUCCGGCGCUACAUUGGUUGCUGGAGUACUUUGCUUGGUGUUCUGGGUGUUCGCCAAAACCAUGGUGACCAUUUGCGUUUUCGCAGUCAUGGUAGGAACGGUUGCUGGCACCAUAUGGGCAGCUGCGGCACCACUUACUGUUGAACUUGUUGGUCUAAGACACGCAUCCAGUGCCUUGAGCCUUUUCUGGCUAUCAUUAGGACCGCCAACUAUAGUCGCCGAGGUUAUUGCUGUACAACUACGCGACCAAGCCACCGAUGCAUUCCCUUACCUUCGAGUUCAGAUGUGGGUAGGGGCGUUGUAUAUAUCGUCUGCGAUCUUUCUAUAUUUCCUCAAGUGUUUCAGCCGAGUUGAGAAAGAAAUAGACCCAGAGAAGCCUCGAGCAGUCCAGAAUUGA